AUGGGCGACAUCAAGCGAGGCGUGGGGCACUGCGACAUCAAGCGAGGCGUGGGGCACUGCGACAUCAAGCGAGGCGUGGUGCACUGCGACAUCAAGCGAGGCGUGGGGCAUUGCGACAUCAAGCAAGGCGUAGGGCACUGCGACAUCAAGCGAGGCGUGGGGCACUGCGACAUCAAGCGAGGCGUGGGGCACUGCGACAUCAAGCGAGGCGUGGGGCACUGCGACAUCAAGCGAGGCGUGGGGCACUGCGACAUCAAGCGAGGUGUGGGGCAGUGCGACAUCAAGCGAGGCGUGGGGCACUGCGACAUCAAGCGAGGCGUGGUGCACUGCGACAUCAAGCGAGGCGUGGGGCACUGCGACAUCAAGCGAGGCGUGGGGCAGUGCGACAUCAAGCGAGGCGUGGGGCACUGCGACAUCAAGCGAGGCGUUGGGCACUGCGACAUCAAGCGAGGCGUGGGGCACUGCGACAUCAAGCGAGGCGUGGGGCACUGCGACAUCAACGUGGGGCACUGCGACAUCAAGCGAGGCGUGGGGCACUGCGACAUCAACCGAGGCGUGGGGCACUGCGACAUCAACCGAGGCGUGGGGCACUGCGACAUCAAGCGAGGCGUGGGGCACUGCGACAUCAAGCGAGGCGUGGGGCACUGUGACAUCAAGCGAGGCGUGGGGCACUGCGACAUCAAGCGAGGCGUGGUGCACUGCGACAUCAAGCACCACAACAUCCUCUCCGCCUCGCCUCUCUCCAACCCCACACCUUGCCAACGCGCUGCUAGCCUUGCUGCGCCUGCGCGCCCCGCUCCUGCUGCCCGCCUCCUCGCCCGUCCCCUCGGUGCGUGCCUCUUCCCGGCUGACAGUGGGGGCAGUGCGCAGGUGAUGGCGGAGGGGCAGCGCGCGUGCAGCACUCCCGCAGGCACGCCUGGGUACAUGGCGCCGGAGGUGGAGGCCUUCUGCCGCCCUCGAUGCCCGCCCGCCCCUGGCGCCACGAAGAAGGGAAGAGGAGUAGUGGCGAGAGCAGCAGGCGUGGAGGCAGAGGCAGGUGGGUAUGGGCAGGAAGAGGACGUGUGGUCGCUGGGGGUGACGCUGUUCGAGAUGAUCGCAGGCAAGCGGCCGUACGCGGGGGAGGCGCCUCAGCAGGGCGAGUGGCACGCGCGCAUGGAGGGGGCAGCGUGGGAGGGCAUGUCUGAGGAGUGCCGCGCGCUGGUGAGCUGCAUGCCAAGAGUGCGGAGGAGAGGCUCACCAUGGCGCACUCGUGCCACCACCCCGCCAUGA